AUGCGAGAGUUUACAGACGUGGUGUUGGAUCUCUUACGUGUGAGUGAACGCGAUAUCUUAAGUAAGAAAGACUCGCGGAGGAUAGCAGAAUGGACUACACACGCCUGGUGCAGGAAGGCAGGUGGAGGAAUGAUGUCACAUGGUAACACCUGUGGUGAGCACCACGGCCUGGCUACCCCCGGCGGCCUGGCUGCCCCCGGCGGCCUGGCUGCCCCCGGCGGCCUGGCUGCUCCCGGCGGCCUGGCUGCCCCCGGCGGCCUGGCUGCCCCCGGCGGCCUGGCUGCCUGGCCCCCCGGCGGCCUGGCUGCCCCCGGCGGCCUGGCUGCCCCCCGGCGGCCUGGCUGCCCCCGGCGGCCUGGCUGCCCCCGGCGGCCUGACUGCACCAGGCGGCCUGGCUGCCCCCGGCGGCUGGGUUAA